AUGCCUCCGGAGUCCAAUCGGGGAUAUCUGUUGGCCGUGUCGCUGUUAUUGGUCGGUCUCCGUAAGGCUGGCUGCUCGACAUCCGCUCCUCAAUAUCCGGUCUGUAAACCGGGUCUCGAAUUUUGGUCGGUCGAGCGUGCCACCUGUUGGCCUUGCACCAGAUGUGUUCCUGAAUUCACUUUGAGCCCCUGCGCGAUUUACAAGGAUGCUAUUUGCGGCCCGCUCUCGGCCCUCGAGCUCGAUUGGUCUUUCCUUUCGACGAGGAAACGACCGGAAACUGGCCAAAGGAGCCUAGAUGCUGUCACCUCGAAGAUGUUAUGGAGAUUUCCGGACCUCGAGCAACAACAGAUUAGAGAGCAGUCGAAGGACUUCAUCGAUCGCGUAGAGAAUUUGGAGAAAAAUAUCGAACAGAAAACGAAGGACCAGAGGGCUGGCCAGCCUCAGCCAAGAAAAACAUCCGCUUCGGAAGACAGAAUCCUGUGGGAUUGGCAGACUGGAGCUCUGAUUCUUGCAGUCUGCGCGUGCAUUCUGUUCUUCUUGGUCGCAGGAUGUUCCGCUUUGGUCUACGUGAGGCAGUGGCGUCGAAUGAAGAAAAAUUUCGAGCCUGUGGGUUUAGAAGAGAUCUCGGCUCGACUGAAUCUAAUGGUGAAAGCGGAACUAGCCGAACUGGUUGCAGGUGCACCCGUGAACCCGGCUGAUCCCGAAAGGAGGUGUCAAUAUUUAGAGAAACUCUUAGGUAUGAUGAGGGAGACCCCUGUGACGGUCAGUUGGCCGGAAGUCACCGGGAAUUUUUACAUAGAGGAGGGCGAGACCCCGAAAGGGAAGAAGACGCAGAUCGCUAGAAUUCAUCGGAACAUCGAAACGAUUCUGAAUCAGAAUAAAUGUUCCGUUGACCUAUGA